AUGAGCAACCUCACAGCAGUGACUGAAUUUGUUCUCCUGGGAUUCAGAAAUUAUCCAGAGCUACAGUGCCUUCUCUUUAUGGUGUUUCUAGUCAUCUAUAUGAUCACUCUUUUUGGAAAUCUUGGCAUGAUCCUAUUAAUCAAGAUCGACUCGCGUCUCCACACUCCAAUGUACUUUUUCCUGAGUAACUUGGCCCUUGUUGACUUCUGUUAUUCUUCUGUCAUUACUCCUAAUAUGCUGGUGAAUUUCUGGGUGGAGAACCCAGUCAUUUCAUUUAAUGAAUGUGCCACUCAAUUCUUCUUUUUUGGUUCCUUUGCUGGCAUUGAGGGCUUCCUGUUGGCCGUGAUGGCCUAUGACCGUUACAUGGCCAUUUGCAAGCCUCUCCUUUACACAGUCACUAUGUCCCCUGAUCUUAAUGUCCUCCUGGUGUUGGCCACAUAUCUUGCAGGCUUUAUAAAUGUUGCCAUUCACACUAGGCUCACCUUCCAACUGUCCUUCUGCCGCUCAAAUAUCAUCAACCACUUUUUCUGCGACACUCCACCCCUCCUGAGACUCUCUUGUUCUGACACACAUGUCAAUGAGGUUUUCAAUUUUGCUUUUGCCAGUUUUAAUGAACUGAGCUGCCUCCUGACUAUUGUCAUUUCUUAUCUCUACAUCCUCAUUUCCAUAUUAAGGAUCCAGUCUGCUGAGGGGAGGCACAAAGCCUUCUCCACAUGUGCUUCCCACUUGAUGGUGGUCACCAUAUUCUUUGGCACAAUCCUGUUCAUGUAUCUGCGCCCCAGUUCCAGCUACUCAAUGGAGCAAGACAAAGUGGUAUCUGUGUUUUAUACAGUGUUCAUUCCCAUGUUAAAUCCUUUCAUCUAUAGUCUGAGAAGCAAGGAAGUUAAAGCUUCCUUAGGUAAAAUUUUUAAAACAACCUCGUUUUACUUUUGUACUUAG